UUAAAAAAUGAUAAUUUCAGACCCAGCUCAACAAACAGACCAUUUAACAGAUAAGGAAAGAGAAUUACAACUAUUUGACCCAUCCUAUUCAAACUCGGCUUCAGGCCCUCCAAACGAUGCAACAUUCGAAACCAUAAAAGACGCAACUUUAGUAACAAAAGAAAUUAAUGAACAUGAUCCAUCAUUUUAUAAUUGCAUUUAUGGAAUUCCAGACAGCGUACAACAGGUUAUUCAAGAGUGUCAUAUCGAUGUUGAUUGUUGUGAAAAAACUUGUUGUGAUUCUAAUUGGAGAUCAAAAUAUACACUUGUUAUUGGCCUCUUAGCUCUAUUUUGUCUUCUCGUUUUAAUUUCUCUAAUAGUUUGGCUAAUUGUUUGGCUAAUAAAUCGUGGAAAGGACAAAAAACAAAGGCAAGAAAUUGAAGAUGCAAAUAAUAUUAAUAAUCAAAACCCUCCAAAUCAUUUAAAUAUUGACACGUUAGAAAGCAGAAUUUAUUAA